AUGGAUUACAAAAGCGAGCAAUUAGCAGAAAAGGAGAGCUUGUCACUUUUAUACGAAUGUACCAAUGAAUUUAUUUGCCUCAAUGAGAAUAAUUUCAAAAUACUGAUUGAAAAUAAAGCCAAAAAAAUAUCCUUCUACUUGCAAUUUGAAUACACGGAACGAUACCCAGAAGAGGCACCAAUAUGGAAGAUCGUUGAAGGUAAAAAUGUUACAAAUGCGUUAAUGGAAAAUGUCGAGCAGCGUAUUAUAGAGACUAUUGAAAACAACAUGGGUUACAGUAUGAUUUACAACAUAGUGGAAAAUAUAAGGUCUUAUCUAACCGAAGACAUUAAAGAAAAGUCUAUGUACGAUGAAAUGCUAGAAAGACAACCGAAGGAAAAUGACGAAAUAAAUGAUGAGGAUUCAGAUGACAAGGUGGAAGCAGAUGAUUAUGAAAAUGUUUUGGAGCUGAAGGAAUUGUGCGAGGAAAGGUACCGAGUGACAGAAGAAGAAUUCGACGCGUGGCGGAAGGAAUUUUACAAGGAUAUUUUCGCAGAAAUAAAAAAUAUGAACACAUCAGAUAAUCCCACAGGGAGGGAACUGUUCGAAAAGGGAAAAAUUAAUUUGAUCGAUGCUGAAUUUGAGGAAGGGGAAGCUAAGUGGUGCAACGAAGAAUUGUUUUGUGAUCUUUACUUGGACAUCUGA